AUGUGGCCAUUUAUUGUUGUGAUAUGUCUGUUCCAAGGAUUGGUCCAUUCAAAGGAACCAAGGAAAACAAAAAGAGCUACAACUCCAGAAGCUUUUAUGAGUAUUAAUGAACUUAUUAUCCACAAAGGCUAUCCUAGUGAGGAGUAUAAAGUGGUAACAGAAGAUGGCUAUAUUCUCAGCAUUAACAGAAUACCAUUUGGUAUUAAGAAUCAGGGGAAUUCAGUUUUGAAACCCGUGGUGUUUCUCCAGCAUGGUCUUCUGGGAAAUGGAAUCAACUGGGUCACUAACUUGGCCCACAACAGUUUGGGCUUCAUCCUUGCAGAUGCUGGCUAUGAUGUUUGGAUUGGAAACAGCAGAGGAAACACCUGGUCAAGAAGCCAUCAGAAUCUGUCUAUAAACCAAGAAGAAUUUUGGGCUUUCAGUUUUGAUGAGAUGGCCAAGUACGAUCUUCCAGCUGUGCUCAACUUCAUUCUGCAGAAAACUGGACAACAACAGUUAUACUAUGUUGGCUAUUCACAGGGUACUACCAUAGCAUUCAUAGCAUUUUCAACAAUGCCAGAGUUGGCUCAAAAGAUCAAAAUGUAUUUUGCCUUAGCUCCUGUGACGAGACUUAAAUAUGCCAAAAGCCCUGCAAUAAAGCUCUUUAGCCUUCCAGAAGGACUCCUCAGGGCUAUGCUUGGCAAAAGGGAAUUCCUUCCCCAGAAUCGAUUCCUCAAAAAGGUUAUUUUUGCCUUCUGCAGCCAACGACUCUUUACUAGCGUUUGUGGAAAUGCCUUCUUCUUCCUUAGUGGAUAUAAUACAGAAAAUAUAAAUAUGAGCCGAGUAAAAUUGUAUGCCACUCGAUCACCAGCUGGAGCAUCAACUCAAAAUCUAUUACAUUGGAGCCAGGUUUUCCACUGUAGGCUAUUUAAAGGUUAUGACUGGGGUGACGAGAGCAAAAAUAAGGAAAAGCACAACCAGAUCACCCCUCCUUUAUAUAAAGUGGAAGACAUGACUGUACCAACUGCAGUGUGGUCUGGAGGAAAUGACCUGUUUUCAGACCCAAAAGAUGUUUCUCUAUUACUCCCUCAAAUCAAAAAUCUGGUUUCGUAUAAAUUAGUCCCAGAAUGGGCUCACUUAGAUUUCAUCUGGGGUCUGGAUGCCCCUCAGCGCAUGUAUAAUGAAAUAAUCUAUCUGAUGAAGCAACAUGCAUAAUCCAGCACAAAAAGGUGGCAGAAUUGAACAGCAGCUGAGUGAUCUGCCAUACUAGCAGAAGUUU